AUGCCCAUAACGCCCACUUGGCCCGACGACUUGAGGCUCUCCCCCUAUUUCUCUCGCAUGACCUCGGAUUCUCUCCGAGCUCUCGCUCCCGACCACAAUGGCGCUUUAGUAUUCCUUUUCCCCGCCCAAGGCAAUCCGAUCGUCGUCCCCACUGGCUUCCAUGCAGGCCAUGGCAAUCUUCGUCGCCCAAUAGAUUUGGACGUGUCUCGUUACCUUGAUUUGGAUGGAGACCGCGUAGUCCAGCUGUCUAGCCGGAUGGCUCUUUUUCCUCGCUUACCCUUAGAAAGCUCCGAGGUUUUGCGGGUUGGGUUUGCGGUCUACUUCUGUGCAGAGGGUAUUUACACCCUCCAUCGCAACGCAUGCCUUCAAAGUCUCUUCACUACCCCUGUGCCAAUCGGCGGAAACAUUGUCGUCGCCACUGUUUCUGCGGAGGGGGUGGUGAUUGACGCUACUCCCACCCUGUUACAACAAGCGCUGCUCAUCGCUGGCAUGUGA